AUGCCGCUUUGUCCUGCAAGGCUGGUGUGCAGCGACGCCGCGAACAGCUACCUAGUCCUCAGCGUAGUUGAUGCGCCGUUCCCAGUGGACCAACGAGAUUCGUUCCCCGCCAUCCUUCAAGGAGGGACAAAGUGUCUUCUGAGAGAGCGCGAACUGAUGUCCAGUGUGCCGAAUGCCAAGGGUAUUGGGAGUUUGGGAGUUCUGAAGUCGAAACGCGUAGACAAGGGGUUCUGCUAUUGGCAGAUCUCGAAACACGCAUGGACUUGCUUCGGCUUUACGACUGAGGAGUUCGAAGCAACGGCGGGAGGUCGGCGCAGUGGGAUUGUGCUCUGCACAUCCUUCCGUCCUUGUUCUGCGGCUUCGAUUGGUGUGCCUGGCGGCCCCUGGCAGCUUCCCUGCAUCAGCGCGGCGCUGCUCCACGCCCAUUGCGACUUCUGUGCGGAGACUACACAUACCGAGCUGCUACGCUACGACGAGGUCGCAACAACGAGGAUGGUGAUGGCUGACGAGCUCUCCCUUGCAAUGCAACCCGAUGUUCUACACUACUCCGUAUCCCAAGCCGCAGUCGGGCAGUCGCUCGGUCUCAUUCUUGAGAGCGGGGCAGACAGGGCGUCGGGCGAUUUGCUUGAAGUGGAACUGCCGACUACCGAUUUUAGCCUGGCUCGUGCGGCUGCAGAGUGCGAAACAAGCGCCUUCGUGCUGCCCGCGAUGGAGCUCAGGGGCUCGGGGAAAGAGAUGAAACUCGAAGGCCUUGUCACAGCUUUUUCCAGAACAACGGUUCGCACCUUGAACAAUGGGAACGGCUUCCACCACUGA